CACGUUUUACUGAUCCAAACGGCGUUGUCAGAGGGAACAUGAACAGGAACCAAAGUAAAGUCAAUGUGAAAUGUGACUGGAAGAUGCUGGAUGGAAGAUCAACCUAUACCACAACAUGCGAAGCAGGCACAUGGUCGGAAAACCAUCGCUGUUUUGAUGUUUCCACGUGUUCAAACUACAUCGGAGCUUUGGUGAGGGAUUCAGCAUUGACUUCUUCGUCGGCCCAUAAAGAUUGUCCUCCAGAAAAUUCAAGACUCGGUACUCAACAAAGACAAAACACUAUAAAUGGGUCUGCCGGAGCAUGGUGUGCCGGAGAAGUCGACCAGUCUCCUUAUAUUCAAGUGAAACUAAAUGCUCCAAGUUUUGUAAGAGGCAUCGCAACCCAGGGACGAGACAAUAACGGCCAACACUAUCGUCAAUACGUCACACAGUAUCAAGUCCUCUUCAGCGACAAUUGCGUUGAUUUUCAGUAUGUUAUGGAUGAAACGAACGAACCAGUUACAUUUGAUGGCAACAAUGAAACAGACACGGUAGUUAUUCGUAUGUUUUAUCAAAUGGUAAGAGCGAGAUGUGUACGUAUCUUCCCACAAGCACAUUUUGGAUAUGUAUCGCUUCGGUUUGACAUCAUUGGGUGCACAGAUUGGAAGGUCGUUUUCAUCGGAACACCCGGACAUGGAGGACUUGUAGACGUCUGUUUGACAACCGGUGUAAACACAACAUCUGACCUGUCCUGUUUCUAUGAAGGAAAUGAACGCAACUGCCCUCAACAUUACAGAAACCCUUUGGUGGAUCAGUGGAGUAAACUUCGUGUGGCAAUGGUCAAAUAUGCUCUUUACAAGAAAGGAAACCAGGUAGCCUUCGUAAUUUUCAACGCGACAGACAGUAACGUAACAAACUGGUUUCAAGCUGAACGAAUUCUAAACACUUCAUGGACAGGAUUUAACAAGACAGCUGAUUUUAUUGACUGGUUUCAAAUUGACCUUGCUGAUAAGAUGAUGAUAUAUAUUGCAAUCGAAGAGUGAAUUUGACUUUGCUGCAUUUUAACAGCAUGAGCAGCUACUCCCAUGCCAACACAGGGGCAACGUUCACACUCUUAACUGCUUAACGUGAUCAGAGUGAUAUUAGAUAUAGCAACAUCUUUAAAUAUUGCUGUAUUUAUAAGUAAAUGAGUUGCUAUCAUCCGAAAGAAAGACGAAUCAACGAGCCAUACAAGGUUUACAACACAUAUACUACUAACAUAAAUGUUGCAUUUAUUUGUCCUAAGAACAUUACAUUACAAAUCGCUGUGUUGAGUUUAAUGAUAUAAAUUAACGCAAAUGGUAUAUAUAACGUAAUAUGUUAGAGGUUAUCAAGAAAUUUGUAUAGCCGUUAACUUGAAGAUUUUUUCUUUUCGAUAGAGAAAAGCGACACCGACACUUAUUAUUUAUUGACGUUGAAUUGGAGCGUAAAUUUUCAAAUAUGUUGAAAAGUCUGUAGAAUGCUGUGUAUAGAUGUCAACUAUGAGUGUGUGUGUUUGUUUUUCAAAUAGACGUUGGAAUACGUCUGAAGUGUGUUGUGUAAAGACGUUGAAUUGGAGUGUUAUUUUUAAAAUAUGCGUUGGAAAAAAAAUUGACGUUGGCAUAAGUCUGAAGAAUGUUUAGUAUAAACGUUGACUUGACGUGUUAUUUUUCAAAUAGACGUUGAAAUAAAUUUUGAGUGUGAUGUGUAUUAAUACUGACUUGGAGAGUUAUUUUUCAAAUAGACGUUGAAAUAAGUGUGAAGUAUUUUGAUCGAUACAUUCCUUAUUUCCAAGUACAUUGUACGUUCAUUUAAUUAAACAGUUAUUGGUACA